AUGGGGAGAGCCGCACAUCCCGGAGGGUCUGGUCCCAAGGAGCUGCUGGGCAUCUUGGUGUGGAUCUCUCUCUGGGAGACGCUGGCACUGGCCAGUGGGCGGUGGUGCGAGAGGACAGUCCAGGUGAUGGAGGAGGAAGUGGUCAGCCCCCGGCGUGAGGAGGUGGUGCCCUGCUCCGAUGUCUACCAGUACAACAUGGCGGGCUGGCAGCUGGACCGAGGCAGGAUGCACCAAGCCUAUGGGAGGGAGGAGGGUCUAGCCCACGACCAUCCGCAGGUGGGAUCCAGCAGCACCGCCCUGUGCUACAUCUACAAGCCCGAGGACACAAGACCCCUGGUGUGGAACCGCACCGUGCGUGCUUGCUGCGAGGGAUGGAGCGGACCCCACUGCUCAGAGGGAAUGGGGCUGAUGGGUCGUUGCUUUUCCACCUGGCAGUGCCAGGACGUGCCAGGGAUGCAGAACUUCUCACUGACCAGCAUAGAUGAGUGCUGCAGCCGCCCAGGGGGGCACAGCUGGAAGAACUCCUCCUCCUCCGGUCUCUGCUUCAGCUGCUCCUUUGUGCCCAAGAAAGGUGACCUGCCUUCGCCCUUCCUUCUCAGGCCCUCAGCCCCCUCGGUGCGGCUGGUCCAUUUGGGGCAUGUCCGGCGCCCCUUCGCCACCUGCCUGACCUGGGCUGGGGUCCACUAUCGGAGCUUUGACGGCAAACACUUCCGCUUCCACGGGAACUGCACGUACACCUUUGCUGCCGCAUCCGACGGCACCUGGGCCAUCCAAAUCUCCUCCGGCAGGGGGGGCUGCUUGCCCGGCCUCUGCCACAAGUCCCUCCACAUGCUGUUUGGACUCGAUUCAGUAGAGGUGCAAGGCAGGAAUGUCUCUGUGAAUGGUGCUCCGGUGCCAGAAGGGGAGCCACGGAUGCAAAAAGGGGUCAGCAUCUGGUGGCUGGGAGACUUCCUCUUUGUGGAGAGCGGCCUGGGAGUUCGGGUCAAGUUUGACGGGCGCGACACAGCCUACGUUACCGUAGGGGCAGAGCUGAGAGGCGCCACACGAGGGCUGUGCGGGCUCUACAACGACGACCCUGCAGAUGACUUCCUACGCGUGGGAGGGGACACGGCUACAUUGACAGCUAGUUUUGGCAAUUCGUGGCGCGUCUCGGAUGCUGCAUCGAGUUCCUGCAUGGAUGCUGCAGAGGAAACCCACCACUGUGAUCUGGGGGGAGGCCGUGCUGCUCAGCAGGAGGCGGCGUCUGUGUGCCAGAAACUGAUGUCCCACCCUUUCAGCCAAUGCCACUCAGAGGUGGACCCCAGUGGAUUCCAUGACACCUGCACGUACUUGCAGUGCAGUGGAGCCGGGACGGAUGCCCUCUGUGAGACCUUUGCCAGCUAUGCCCGCGAGUGUGCCCAGCAGCGCAUUUUUCUCAACUGGAGGCAGCCUGGAUUCUGCGAGAAGUCCUGCGGCCAAGGGAAAGUCUACUCGGACUGUGUCUCCUCGUGCCCCGCCAGCUGUGCAGCCGUGGGCCCUGCCGAGGAAGGGGGCUGCCGGGACGAGUGCGUGAGCGGCUGCGAAUGCCCACCGGGCCUCUACCUGGAGGAGGGGGCCUGUGUCCCGGAGAGCCGGUGCCCCUGCUUCCACUGGCGUCAGAAGUAUGCCCCAGGGGAGGCUCUGCGGCAGCGCUGCAAUGAGUGCACAUGCCAAGGGGGCCACUGGAUUUGCUCCCAAGACCAGUGUGCCAGGGAAUGCGCCAUACUUGGUGAUGCUCACUACCUGACCUUCGAUCGCAAGCGCUACUCCUUUCAUGGCACCUGCCACUACUUCCUGGUGCAGGAUUUUGUGGAUGGGAAACUUCAGGUUUCAGCAGAGAGUGAAGCAUGUGGGAGCCAAGGAGCUGUGAGCUGCCUCCAAGCCGCGACCGUCACUGUCCACAAGGUGUCUGUUCGGCUGUCCCUCACAGGGGAGGUGUUGGUGAACGGCGAGGAAGUCGCCCUCCCUUAUGCCAGCGCUGAUCUGACUGUGCAUCGUGCCUCCUCGUCCUUCCUGCUUCUCCAGACCUUUGGUGCCCACCUGCUGUGGGGCACAGACUUCCCUGCGGUUUACAUUACCCUCCAGCCCCAGUUUGCCAACAAGGUCCGAGGGCUUUGUGGCACCUUCAACUGGAACCAGCAAGACGAGUUCACCACGCCCGAGGGGGACGUGGAGUCCAGCGUGGCCGCCUUUGCCAACAAGUUCCGCGUCUCCCACGACUGCCCCUCCCUGCAGGCUUUCACCUUUGACCCCUGCAGUACUUACGCUCAACGCAGGCAGUUCGCAGAGGCUGCCUGCGAAAUCCUCCACAGCCCCUCCUUCCAGCCCUGCCAUGACCUGGUGGAGAGAGCGCCCUUCUUCCAGCUCUGCCUCUAUGAUGUGUGUGGCUGCUCAGCUGAUAAGGAUUGCCUCUGCCACGCCGUGGCUGCCUACGCCAGAGAGUGUGCCCAAGAGGGAGCCCCCAUCUCCUGGAGGAAUCAGAGCUUCUGCUCGGUGCAGUGCUCAGGGGGCCAGGUCUACCAAGAAUGUGCUACCCCUUGCAGACUGACGUGUGCUGAUCUGCGCAUGGAAGCACUUGGUGCUUGCCAAGAUCUUGGUGGGGUCUGUGUGUCUGGAUGCAACUGCCCAGCAGGUCUGGUACUGGAUGACGAUGGUCAGUGCGUCCAGCCAGAGAUGUGUGCCUGCAUGGAUGGGGAAGAGGCGCUUCCAGCUGGCAGCAAGAUCUGGAAAAGCUGCAACACCUGCACUUGUGUGAACGGGGCCUGGAACUGCACUGGCGACAGCUGCCCUCAAGCCGUGGUCUGCCCUGGGGAGCUGGUCUAUGCCUUUGGCUCCUGCCUGCACACCUGCGAGACCCCCGAGGGGGACCUUAGCUGCACCGGUCUCUCAGAUGGCUGCGUCUGCCCCCCUGGCACCGUCUUCUUGAAUGAGCGCUGCGUCUCCCCAGAGGAGUGCCCUUGCCACCACAAUGGGCGGCUCUACCAGCCCAAUGACAACAUCACCAAGGACUGCAACACCUGCACUUGCCGCAAUCGGCGCUGGGAGUGCAGCCGCCACCACUGCGCCGGGGUGUGCAUUGCCACGGGGGAUCCCCACUAUGUCACCUUUGAUGGACGGGCCUACAGCUUCCUGGGGGACUGUGAGUACAUCCUGGUGCGCGAGAGCAGCGGGGCCUUCAGCAUCACUGCCGAGAAUGUGCCGUGCGGGACCAGCGGGACCACCUGCACCAAAUCCGUCAUGGUGCUCAUCGGCGACAUCGUGAUCCACCUGCUCCGAGGAAAAGAUGUGACCGUGAACGGGGUCUCGGUGCGGCCCCCCAAGACGUACACUGGGAAUGGCCUGACCUUUGAGAGAGCCGGGCUCUUCCUUGCCCUCAUCUCCCAUGUGGGGCUCACGGUGCUGUGGGAUGGAGGCACACGGGUGUACGUGAAGCUGGACCCAAAGUACCAGGGCCGCGUGGCAGGCCUGUGCGGGAACUUUGACAGGGACACAGAGAAUGACUUCACCAGCAGGCAGGGCAUCGUUGAGCCCACUGCCGAUCUCUUUGGCAACUCCUGGCGGGUCAGCCUGCUGUGCCCGGAAGUCAACAGCGAGGACUUUGAGCACCCGUGCACGGUAAACUCGUAUCGUGUGACGUGGGCGCGGAAGCGUUGCGGGAUUCUGCUGCAAGAUCUCUUUGCCCCCUGCCGGGAGGAACUCCCCUGCCAGCAGUUCUAUGAGUGGUGUGUUUUCGAUGCCUGCGGGUGUGAUUCUGGGGGGGACUGUGAGUGUCUUUGCACAGCCAUCGCCACCUACGCUGAGGAGUGCAGCAAGCGCGGAGUGUCUGUGCGCUGGAGGAGCCAGGAGCUGUGCCCCAUGCAGUGUGACCACGGGCUGGAGUAUGGCUCUUGUGGCCCUGCCUGCCCCCAGACCUGCAAGAACUUUGGCCUGGAGCCCCCGGAACACUGCCAGACCCUCUCCUGCGUGGAGGGAUGCUUCUGCCCAGAGGCGAAGGUGCUGCAUGAUGGCAGCUGCAUCGACCCCUCCGAGUGCCCCUGCCACUGGGAGGGCACCUUGUUCCCGCUGGGCGCUCUAGUGAUGCAGGAGUGUAGGAACUGCUCAUGUGAGGCAGGCCUGUGGCAAUGCACCGCACCACUGGAGCAUUGCGUCACCCCACCCCGCUGUGCCGAGACAGAGUUUGCCUGCCGCACGGGGGAGCGCUGCGUGCCCAGCGCAUGGGUCUGCGAUAAUGAGGAUGACUGCAGGGAUGGCUCAGACGAGUUCUGUGCCUUGAGCUGCGCCCCACAUCAGUACCAGUGUGCCAGCGGGCAGUGCGUGCCGUGGGGCUACCGAUGCGAUGGCACUGCAGACUGCGUGGACCACUCUGACGAGAGGGACUGCCCCCUGCCCACCUGCGCCCUGCAUGAGUUCCACUGCUCCAACGGCCGCUGCAUCCCCCAGGAGCACGUCUGCGACGGAGAGCUGGACUGCGGCUUUGCGGAUCACUCGGAUGAGGCAGGCUGCGGGCCGCCCUGUCAGGCUGGAGAGUUCCGGUGCGCAGCCGGGCGCUGUCUGCCGUACCUGCACCGCUGUGAUGGGCACGAUGACUGCGGAGACUUCAGUGACGAGCGGGACUGCGUGUGCCCCGCUGGGGACUUCCAGUGCCCGGACAGCCGGUGUCUGGCCCAGGCUCUGGUCUGUGAUGGCAAACGGGACUGUCCCACCGGUGCGGAUGAGGCCUUCUGCCCAGGCCACGUGACCUGUGCCCCCGGGCAGCUGCCUUGUCCAGAUGGCAUCUGUGUGAGCCACCUACAGGUGUGUGAUGGCGUGGUGGACUGCUCUGACGGCACCGACGAGAACCCGGCUCAGUGUCUGCUGGCCCAGACCACACCCCUGGUUGUCACUGUUCCCUCAAGUCUCCCUGUGACUCCCCAACCACCUGUUGACAGAACCCUGGCAAUGCCACCCUGUGGUCGGUAUGAAUUCCACUGCCUCAGUGGGGAGUGCCAGCCGCGGGGCUGGGUGUGCGACGAAGAAGCCGACUGCCUGGACGGCAGCGAUGAGCUGGAUUGCAGCCGCCCGUGUGGUCUGGACCAGUUCCCCUGCCAGCUUGGCAAUGAAUGCAUCCACUACAGCCGCCUGUGUGACGGGGUGCCCCACUGCCAGGACCAGUCGGACGAAAGUGUCGACACCUGCGGCUCCACCCAGAUCCCCCCCUGCCCGGGGUUCUUCAUCUGCAACAACCGCAUGUGCAUCAAUGUCUCACGGGUGUGUGACGGCUCCCCCGACUGCCCCCAGGGAGACGACGAGCAGGCCUGUGAAAGCCACGUGGCUCCACCAGGGGAGAGGAACCGGACAGAGGGGCUCUGCACCGAGUACUCCUGUGGGGACAGCAGCUGCAUUGCCUUUAAACAGGUGUGCAAUGGGCUGGCCGACUGCGCGGACGGCAGCGAGGUCUCCGGCUGGCUCCCCUCAGACGAACGGGACUGUGGUCUCUGGAGCCCCUGGGCCCCCUGGAGCUCUUGCAGCCGCUCCUGCGGCACCGGCCUCCAGGUCCGUCGGAGGACCUGCACCCGGCGGGCAGAUGAUGUGCUGCGGCACUGCCUGGGCGAGGAGACCCAGGCGCAGCAGUGCUUCGCGGUGGCCUGCCCGGUGGACGGCAUGUGGAGUGAGUGGACGGCGUGGUCAAACUGCACCCGGGACUGCCGUGGGGUGGUGGUGCGACGCCGGGAAUGCCUGCCCCCCCAGAAUGGCGGCCGCCACUGCACAGAGACGCCUGAGGCUUCGUCCAGCGCCAUCGAGAUCAAGCCGUGCCAACUGGAAGGAUGCCGCAAUGCUUCCACCUGCCCUGGGGACCUGGUGAGCCGGAAGUGCGUGCCCUGCCCCACUUCCUGUGCUGAGCUCUCCAGCCGAACCAGGUGCAAGAAGGACAAGCCUUGCAACCCAGGGUGUUGGUGCCCCGAAGGGCUGCUUUUGGAUAGUGAGCAGCGUUGUGUGCGCCCACGGGAAUGUCCUUGCCAGGUGGAGGGCACCCGCUACUGGCCUGGCCAGCUUGUGAAGGUCAACUGCCGGAUCUGUACCUGCCAGGAUGGGCAGAUGAAGCGCUGCCGACAAAACCCGGAGUGCACAGUGAAUUGCGGCUGGUCAUCCUGGUCCCCCUGGGGCGAGUGUCUGGGUCCCUGCGGGGUGCAGAGCAUCCAGUGGUCCUUCCGCAGCCCCAACAACCCCAGCAAGCACGGGAACGGGCGCCAGUGCCGUGGCAUCUACCGCAAGGCCCGCAGGUGUGAGACGGAGCCAUGCGAGGAGUGUGAGCACCAUGGCCGGACCCAUGCCAUCAGCGACCGCUGGCGCUCAGGGCAGUGCCAAGUGUGUCAGUGUUUGCCCAACCUGACGGUGCAGUGCUCCCUGUAUUGCCCCUACAGCACCGUGGCCUGCCCGGAGGGCCGAGUUCUAGUGGAGGGCCGAGGAGAUGCUUGUUGCUACUGCAUGGAGGCUGGUGAGAACCGAACAGCGACCCCCACAGAGCCAGCAGUCGCACCCCUGGGGCCCAGUGGGGCCAGCCCACGUUCCGUCACCACCCCUUUGCCGCUCAGCACCUUCCCUCUGCCCCCACUUGGCGAUCUCUGCUACAGCCCCCUGGGCAUCACCUCCUUGCCAGACGCCAGCUUCAACGCUUCCUCCCAGCAGCCGGAGAACCCGGCGCAUGCUGCUCGCCUCAACCAUGUGCUGCCCAAUUCAGACUUACAGGGGUGGGGCCCCCAAGCAGACGUGUAUCCUGAGCUGCUCUCCCGGCCCCCCUUCUUGCAUGUGGAUCUGGGGGAGCCCAGAAACCUUACAGGGAUCGUGGUGCAAGGAGCUGGAUCCUCUGAUGCCUACGUGACCAGUUUCUUCCUGCAGUUCAGUCCAGAUGGUGUGAGAUGGCACGACUACUCUGAGAUACCCCCCAUGCAUGGCAGGCCUGAGCCAAAGCUAUUCCAGGGAAACUCAGAUGACUCGACCCCUGUGGUGCGGACCUUCCAGCACAUGAUGCUUGCCCAGCAUAUCCGCAUCCUGCCUCAUGACUUCCACAACGGGAUCUUCUUGCGCACAGAGUUGUUGGGCUGUGGAAAAGUGUCUCCAGAACUCCCUGGAGCCCCAACUCGAGUGCCAGGCGGGAGGCCUUGCCGCCGGGGGGAGUUCCAGUGCCUGAAUGGACGCUGCGUCCCUGCAGGGCCGGACGGCACCAUCUGCAACGGAGUCGACGACUGCGGGGACUUCUCAGAUGAACUGCGCUGCGGAGCUGCCCCAUCGCUGGAGCCUGGGGGCUGCCUUCCCUCCCAGUUCCACUGUGCCUUCUCCAAUAUCUGCAUUGAAGCGACCCAGAGGUGCGAUGGGGCCCCCCACUGUCCAGAUGCCGAGGAUGAGAUCGGCUGUGUCCCUGCAAGCACAGUUCCCCCCGUGAGCACCGCCAGCCCCUGGAUCCUCGAGAGGCAGCCAUGGGAGCCCUCUGUGCCCCACCCAACUCAGGUAUCUCCAGGAGGAUGGCCAUUUCCUGAGGGCUUCAGCCCCACCCCACCAGAUCUCUGCAGCGCACCCCUUGGCUUGGAAGACGGGAGCAUUCUCGGCCAGCAACUGAGCUCCUCCUCCUAUCAGGAUGGACACCCUGCAGACGUCGGUCGCCUCAACACCCUGCCCAAUGUGCAGAACUCAAAUGCCGGCUGGAGCCCACGCCAGGCUGACCCCAGCCCCUACUUCCAGGUGGAUUUCCAGCGGCCCACCUUCAUCACGGCGGUGGUCACACAGGGCGGGGGCAAGACCGGGGGCUUCAUCACCCACUACCGGCUGGCCUACAGCACAGAUGGUGUCCACUUCCAGAAUUACACUGGGGUAAGACCCCAGGCUGCGGCCUCCCUGCAAGCCCAGGUUCUGGAGGGCAACUCCGACGGGUCCACUCCAGUGCGCCAGGAGCUGAGCCCGCCCAUCAUGGCCCGCCUCCUGCGUCUGGUGCCCACCGCCUCCCACGGCGGCAGCAUCUCCCUGCGAAUGGAGGCGCUUGGCUGCCCCUGGAAAACAGAGCCUGUGGAGGAUGUGACGACCCCCCACGGCAGGGUCCGAGUCCCCGGAACCGCCGGCACGGAGCUCCCCCACUGGGGGCCAGUCUCCUUCCCCUGGAAGCUCACAGGGACACCGGGCCUGACUCAAGAGUUCCAGCACUUUGGAAUAGCAACCAUGAAGCCCGGAGAGACAUCUGUCCCUGGGACAGGCAGACCGGGCCCCGAGGGUUCCAAGGAGACCCAAGAACCUACCGUGCCUGCGGCCUUCUCCACGGGGACUUCGAGCCUCUUGUGGCCCACCUCUCAAGGACUUGAGCAGCGGUUGGCACCCACUGUGCCAACCAUUAUGCCCAGAAGCCCUGGUGUCACGGGGCUGCCUGGAUUCCGCACCCUCCCAUACCAGCCCAGUCAACCAGGGUUGGGUCCCACAUUCUCAGCAGGGCCCACUCGCACUCGGAGCCCCGACAUGCCCAGGAUCCUCUGUACUCAGGGGCAGUUUGCCUGCGAGGCCUUUGGCUGCAUUGAGGCUGCCUAUGUAUGUGACAGCCAAGAGGACUGUCUGGAUGGGUCUGACGAGAUGCACUGUGGCGGCCCAACAGCUGCACCCAUCCCUACACCGGCCCCCCUGUUUCCACUGGUCCCUCCCAGCACCUGUUCCAUCAAGCAAUUCUCCUGCGGCAGCGGGGAAUGUCUGUCUCUUGAGAGGCGUUGCGACCUUCACCACGAUUGCCAGGAUGGAUCCGACGAGGCGAACUGUGUGGACUGUAUCUUGUCUGCCUGGACCACUUGGAGCGAGUGCAGCCGAUCCUGUGGACUGGGAGUGAUCUUCCGCCGCCGGGACUUGCUCCGCCACGCCCUCCCUGGCGGGCAGUGCGAUCGCAACGAGUUUGACAGCCGCUCCUGCUUCCACCGGGCCUGCCCAGUGAACGGUGCCUGGUCCUCCUGGGGUGAGUGGUCAGACUGUGAUGCGGAAUGUCGAGGGGGCGUUCGAAGCCGCACCAGGACUUGUGCGGACCCCCCACCCAAGAAUGGGGGGCAGCCGUGUCCCGGCGAUGCCGUGCAGACAGAAACCUGCAACUUGCAGCCCUGUGGAGAUGCUCGGGACUGUGGCCGGGACAUGGUCUAUGUGCAAGCUGGGCACUGCCAGCGAGGCCUGGUGGCUCCGUGCCCCCAGACGUGCCGGCAGCUGAGUGCCGAGUCGAACUGUCACAGCAGCUGCAUUGAGGGCUGCCGUUGCCCCCCGGGGCUCUUCUUGCAAGAUGGAGGCUGCGUGAACAUCAGCCAGUGCCACUGCUUCUUUGACCAUGAGCGCCGCCUCCCGGGGGAGAUGUUCCUGAGGCACAACUGCAGCCAGUGUGUCUGUUUGGACGGCACAGUGACCUGUGACUCAGUGGCCUGCCCUGUGAACUGUGGCUGGUCAGCGUGGUCCCCGUGGGCACAAUGCAGCCGGAGCUGUGGGGUCGGGAUGCAGCAGAGAUUCAGAUCUCCCUCCAACCCAACAGCUGCCAACGGUGGUGCCCUGUGCCAAGGAGAUGGCCAGGAGGUGCGAGAAUGCCACACAGCCUGCGUAUCAGAAAUCCCUAGUGCCUGGAGUGACUGGACCCCCUGGUCCCCCUGCUCCAAGACCUGCUUCUAUGCCAUGGAUGGCGUGGGAGUGAGAAAGCGAUUCCGGCACUGCAACGGCACCGCAGAGGCUGGGGGCUGCGACGGAGAUCCAGCCCAGGAGGAGCCCUGCGACACGCCCCCCUGCCCAGUGGAAGGCAUCUGGACCCCCUGGACAGCCUGGUCCGAAUGCUCUGCUCGUUGUGACUCGGGCAUCCAGAAGCGCAACCGCACCUGCUCCAACCCGGCCUACGGGGGCCCUGAUUGCUCCGGGCCCCUCAUCCAGACUCGCGACUGCAACACGCAGCCCUGCAAAGAGCUGUGCCCAGGGAACAUGGUCUUUCAGACGGCCGAGGAGUGCCAGCGGAAGGGAGGGGCCUGCCCGCGCCUCUGCCUGGACCAGGGCACUGGGGUGGAGUGCGCCUCCCAGUGCACCGAGGGCUGCUCCUGCCCCGACCGGCUCUUCCUUCAGGACGACUCCUGUGUGCCCCUCAGUGAGUGCCCGUGCUAUCAUCAGGGGGAGCUCCACCAACCGGGGGGCACCGUCUCACUCGACUCCUGCAACAACUGCACCUGUCUAGAUGGGGAGAUGGUGUGUGGCACGACCCCCUGCCCAGUGGACUGCGGCUGGAGCGGCUGGACUGCCUGGAGCACCUGUAGCCGUACCUGCAACGUGGGCACCCGCCGCCGCUUCCGCUCUGGCUCCCAGCCACCAUCCUCCGCCGGAAGACACCUCUGCCGGGGCUCCGACAUGGAGAUCGAAUUCUGCAGCUUGCAAGCCUGUCCUGGCUCUGGCGCGGAAUGGGGUCCCUGGUCACGGUGCUCAGUGCCAUGCGGAGGUGGCUACUGGAACCGCACGCGGGCCAGCACUGUCCUGCGCAGGAUCGACUUUGCCACCUGCAACCUUCAUCCCUGCACAGGCGAUGUCCCAGGCCAGUGCCCAGCUGGCAAGGUGUGGCGGGAGUGCGCUGACGGUCCAGCCUCUUGCGCAGAGCUCAGCACUGACCCCGCUGCCAAUGGGACCUGCCAGGCUGGCUGCUUCUGCCCCCACGGGACUGUCUUGCUGAACAAUCUCUGCGUGCCAGAGGAGGAGUGCCCGUGUGCCCAGGAUGGGGUUCUGUAUGCCCCGGGAGAGCAGGUCCCCAAGGGCUGCGAGAACUGCUCCUGCAUUGCCGGCCAGGUGGGCAACUGCUCCCGAGCGGCCUGCACGGACGUGAACGGCCAGUGGUCCGAAUGGACCCCCUGGAGCGAGUGUUCGGCUGCCUGUGGGCUGGGGCUCCAGAACCGCUACCGCUUCUGCACGAACCCCCCUCUGUCCGGGAUGGGCGUGCCCUGCCUGGGGCCGGAGCGCGAAGACAAACCUUGCCACAUCCAGCCGUGUGCCAGGAGCGGCGCCUGGGGGUGGUGGAGCCCCUGGACCGGCUGCACCGUCAGCUGCGGGGGAGGCAUGCGGAGCCGGAGGAGAGCCUGCGAUAGCCCUGCCCCACUGAGUGGCGGGGACUACUGCGAGGGGCCUCCCACCCAGGUGGAGGCCUGCCACUUGGACCCCUGCCCAGCCCUGGACUGCUCCUCUGUGGAGGGCUCCAUGUACAGCAGCUGUGGUCCCGCCUGCCCCCGCACAUGUGACGACAUCCCGCACUGCCUGUGGACCUGUCAACCUGGCUGCUAUUGCACCAGAGGGAAAGUUCUGGAUAGAAACGGCACCGCCUGCAUGGAGAAGCACAGCUGCCCCUGCCUGGACUUACUCUCCGGCGACCGGUACCUGCCAGGGCAGACCAUCCCUCGUGCUGACGGCUGUAACACCUGCACCUGCUCCCAAGGGAAGCUGACUUGCACUAACCUGGCCUGUGCUGCCCCCGGCAGCUGGUGCGACUGGUCCCCCUGGAGCCCCUGCUCCAGGACAUGCGGCAGUGAGACAGUGACCCGCUACCGUGCCUGCGGUUGCCCCAAGCCCCACCACGGGGGCCCCGAGUGCGAGGGGACUCAAGAGUAUCACGGCGACAGCGGACUGCAGCUCGAGAGGAAAAAGUGUCCCACUGCCACCUUCUGUCCAGUGGACGGGGCCUGGAGUUCGUGGAGCCCCUGGUCGCCCUGUGACACCUGCCUUGGGGAGUCUGUGAGGAGCAGGGAAUGCAUCAACCCUCCUGCUCGCUUUGGGGGCCUGCCUUGCCCUGAGGAAGCCCGGCAGAGCCGCCCGUGCCAUGACGCUACCACCGUGUGUGAAGACUGCAGCGGAGGCCAGGUGUCUUUCCCGUGCGGCAAGCCCUGCCCACGCACCUGCGAGGACCUACACCCAGACACCACCUGCCUGGAAAGCCAGCAGUGCCAGCCAGCGUGUGCCUGCCCAGAGGGGCAGCUGCUCCAGGGCGGCGUGUGCAUUAGGCCCGCCCAGUGCCGCUGCAAAUACCACGCCAGCUGGUUGGGUGCUCCCGAGAUAAGCAAUCUCUCUCUCUGGUCGGGCCUGUCUCCCUGGGAGUAUGCUGAGCCUGGGGAGGACAUUUAUGGGCCUUGCAAGAACUGCACCUGCGUAGCCGGACACCUGCAGUGCCGUGUGGACCCCUUGUGCCACCUGCACGGGGGCUGGGCCACCUGGGGGCCGUGGUCGCCCUGCACCCAGAGCUGUGGGGAGGGAGUCCAGUUCUGCUUCCGCCAGUGCAACAACCCAGCCCCACAAAACAGAGGCCGGGGGUGUGUGGGCAGCAGUGAACAGCGAAGGCCAUGCCGAAACCAGCAGGAUUGCCCAGAGGAGGAGGAGGCCUGGGGCGAGUGGGCCCUGUGGGCCCCCUGCACCGUGUCCUGCGGUGGGGGAGAGCAGGUGCGCAGCCGCCAGUGUCGCCGGCUGGAGUGCCUCGGCUUGGCCACGCAGAGCAAGACGUGCAACACGCAGGUGUGCCUGGAGGUGGGCUGCCCGGUGGGACGCCUGUACCGGGAGUGCCUGAAGGAGGAGGGGUGUCCCUACAGCUGCGCCCACCUCACCCACCAGAUGGACUGCUUCUCGGAUGGCUGCGAGGAGGGGUGCCACUGCCCCGUGGGCACGUACCAGCACAAUGGGGCCUGUGUCCAGGAGUGUCCCUGCGUCGUGACUGAGGAAGCCCUGAAGAUGUUCCGGAACCACUCCUCAGAUCCCAGCAGAACUCCCUCUGCCUUGCUGAUUUCACUCGGGGAGGAGGUGCCGCCAAACACCACCAUCCAUUCUGCCUGCAGCAAUUGCUCCUGCCAUAAUGGACAGCUGACCUGCAUCUUCUCCCUCUGCCCCGUGGAUGGGGGCUUCACACACUGGAGCCUGUGGUCACCCUGCUCUUUGACCUGUGGGGGGCUGGGGAACAUGACCAGGUCGCGAGAAUGCACCGAUCCCUUGCCUUCCAAUGGGGGGAAGGAGUGCAUCGGCCCCCGAAUCGACACCAGGUACUGCCAGACACCAGAUUGCCAAGCACUUGCCGGCCCCACGAAAGAGCCUGUCUCUGGCAUCCCAGGCUCUGAGGAGGACAGCUUCACCCCCUGGUCCCCAUGGACUCCCUGCUCAAAGACCUGCAGCGAUCCAGACCUCCCGGCCCUCAAGACCCGCAUGCGCUUUUGCCAAGGAGGGGCCAACUGUACAGGAGACACAUUCCAGGAACGAGAAUGCAAUUUGCCCCAGUGCACAGAGACCCCACUGUGUCAGGGCGAGGAAUGUGUGGCUAUGAACUGCACCUGGAACCCCUGGUCCUCGUGGAGUGAGUGCUCCCGCACCUGUGGAGCUGGGCAACAGAGGCGCCUGCGGACCUACAACCCUCCCGGGGAAGGUGGGCAUUGGUGCCAGGACAUCCUCAUGGCCAAUGCUGAGAGACGUUUCUGCAACUUGCAAGCCUGUAAAGGGGAUGGGGCCUGGUCCAAGUGGAGCCCCUGGUCGUGGUGCGACCGCAGCUGCGGCGGGGGGCGCUCGGUGCGCACACGGAUGUGCACCAGCCCCCCACCCAAGAACGGAGGGCACCCCUGCCCCGGCGAGAAGUACCACGUGCGGGUCUGCAAUCCUCAGCCCUGUGAAGAGAGCUGCCCUCCGGGGAUGCACCUGGUGGACUGCGCCAAUAAAUGCCCACGCCACUGCUGGGACCUCCAGGAAGGCAUUGUGUGCCAGGAUGGGGAGGACUGUGAGCCUGGCUGCCGAUGCCCAGCUGGGACCCUGGAGCAGGACAGCGCCUGUGUUUCUCCCGACCACUGCGAGUGCACAGAUGCCCAGGGUCACAGCUGGGCGCCAGGCAGUAUCCACGACGACGGCUGCACCAACUGCUCCUGCGCUGAGGGGCGGCUCCUCUGCACCAACGACACCUGCCUGCCCGGGGGCUGCGCCUGGAGCCUCUGGUCCAGCUGGUCCCCGUGCAGCACCACCUGCAGGAGCGGCUGGCACACCCGCUUCAGGACUGCCACGUCUGGCUCGUGGGACUCGGAGUGCCUGAAGGAGCAGCUGCAGACGCGCCCCUGCAUCCCGGGCCCCUGCCCUCCACUGUGUUUGCGCCAGGGCGAAGAGAUGCAGCUGGGCAGUACCUGGCUUCUUGGAGAGUGCCAGCAAUGCAUCUGCACCCCGGAGGGCGUCUACUGCAUGGACAUUGAGUGUGCAGUUCACGGAGCCUGGACCCCCUGGUCACCCUGGUCUGACUGCCCCAUCACCUGCGGCCGCAGCACCCAGAUCCGUACCCGGGCGUGCAUCGACCCCCCACCACGCAACAAUGGCUCACCCUGCCCCGGCCCUGAGAGGGAGGCCCAGAACUGCACUGCCCAGCCUUGCCCAGGGGAUGAGCUCUGCCAGUGGUCCCCCUGGAGUCCAUGUUCAAGAUCCUGUGGCACAGGCUUGGCCACCCGUGCAGGGGUGUGUGCUUGCCUGCCCUCCGAGGCUGCUGGGGCCCCUUGCAACGAGAGCCACCAGGGCGUGCAGCCCUGCUAUCUCCAGGCGUGCGAAGAUUGUCCCUGGAGCUCCUGGACCCGCUGGACGGAGUGUUCCUGCAGCUUCCUGGUGCAGCAGCGGUACCGGAACCAGCAGGGCUUGGGGGCUGACGGGGAGCCCUGCGUGGGCCUGGAUGGGCAGUUCCGCAUGUGUGAUUAUUCCCAGUGCUCAGAGUCCAGCUGUGAGCCCCCCUUUGAGUUCCAGGAGUGCGGCUCCCCCUGCGACAGCCUCUGCUCCACCCUCCGGCACCCGGAGCUGUGCCAGGACAUCCCCCGGUGCCUGCCCGGCUGCUACUGCCCACAGGACCUGGUGGAACAGAACGGAGGCUGUGUUCCGCCCACACAGUGUGGCUGCCUUCACUUCAACCGGUCAGAAGGCCCCCUGUACCUGGCAGCAGGAGACACCGUUUUCAUUGGAUGCAAGGAAUGCCUGUGCCACCAAGGGGCACUCCAGUGCAGCAGUGAAGGUUGCCAAGGCCUUCUUCCGCUCAGCGCCUGGUCCGAGUGGACACCCUGCUCCGCCUGCCUGCCCUGGAUGGCCCUCAGCCCCAGUGCCGUCUCUACCCUCCUGGCUCAGCACCCCAGUGGGCCUGGGGAGGGCACUCCCCCCUCAGCCCUGGUGUCCGUGCAGCAUCGCUUCCGCAUGUGUCUGGACCCCCAGACGGGCAAACCCUGGGCAGGGUCGGCCGCCCUGUGCUUGGCAGAUGUGGAACAGGAGCAACUGUGCCCCGACCCUCACGCGUGCGAAGAUUUCUGCCUGUGGAGCGGCUGGAGUCCCUGGAGCCCGUGCCGUGAGCCCUGCAGCGGGGGCUUCCGUAUGCGGGGGCGCUCUGCCCACCACCCAGCAGGAUUGCAGCGCUGCCAGGGGCCACGGUCGCAGUCCGAGAGCUGCAACACGGCCGCUUGCCCAGGAGAGGAGUGUGAGGAUCGGGGCAAGGGGCAUGACCCAGUCUGUGCCAACGGCUGCCCCCGCAGCUGUACGGACCUCUGGGAGCAGGUGGAGUGUCUGCAAGGAGAAUGCAAGCCAGGCUGCCGGUGCCCGGAAGAGAAGCUCCUGCAGGAUGGUGUGUGUGUACCAAUCCCCGCAUGCCGCUGCGGACUCCCCGCUGCUGACAGCACCCUGGAGUACCUGCCUGGGCAGGCUGCCGAAUUGGGGUGUCACAACUGCACCUGUCUGAACGGCACCUUUGAGUGUCCGGAGCAGGAGUGCCCGUCCUAUGGAGAAUGGUCCCCUUGGAGCCCCUGUUCAGCCAGCUGCGGAGGGGGCAGUGCCCUCCGACACCGCCCCUGCCACGAGAGCCCUGGCGGAGUCCCCUGCGCAGCCAAGGCCAUGGAGGAAGUGGCCCCGUGCGACUCACAGCCCUGCCCUGGGGGCUGCCUGCUGAGCGAGUGGUCUGCAUGGAGCCCCUGCAGCGCCAGCUGUGGCAGAGGCGUGUCUGAGAGGAGCCGCCACUUGCUGUCCCCCCCAGGGGGGCCGUGUCCCGCCCCAAUCGUGCAGCAUCAGGCCUGCAACACGCACAACUGCACCCCAGAAUGCCCGGGGGUCCAAGUCUUCAGCAGCUGUGCCAACGGCUGCCCGCAAGCCUGCUCAGACUUGCGCCCGGAAACACAGUGCCUGCAGGAGGAAUGCCAGCCUGGCUGCUCCUGCCCCUCUGGCCAGGUGCUGCAGGAUGGGGUGUGUGUGCCUGCAGACGAGUGUCGCUGCUCGCUCGGCUUGGCAUUGGACUUGCCCUGGGCUGCCAACUUGUCCCAAGAGGAGCAGGCCAAGGAGUACCCCCCUGGCACCAUUAUUCAGCAUGAGUGCAACAGCUGCGUCUGCCAGGGAGGCACCUUCAACUGCAGCCAGGAGGCCUGUGAUGUGCCAUGCAUUUGGUCAGAAUGGUUUCCCUGGUCGCCAUGCUCUGUGACGUGUGGCACCGGUGAGCAGAUCUCCCGGCGGUACCCGCUCCAGCAGCGCCUCUUUGGAGGUGCAGAAUGCGAAGGCCCUGCCAUGCGCCAGAAGCCAUGUGCCCUCCCAGACUGUGCCUGCCCUGACGGAGAACUCUGGCUGCAGCUCGGCUCUGCAGGCCCUUGUGAGCGGAGCUGCUCCCAAAUCUAUGAGGACCCCCCGCAGAACUGCAGCCGGGGAGCAGAGGGAGGCUGCGUGUGCCAGCCUGGGCACUACCGGAAUGGCAGUGGGCGCUGUGUUGUGGCUGCGCACUGUGAGUGUGAGCACCGAGGCCAGGUGUACUUGGCCGGUGCGGAGUGGCGCGUCGACUGUGAAACUUGCCGCUGCCUGAACGGGAAGGCCGCAUGUGGGGCUGGCUGCCCCCCGCUCACCUGUCUUGAGGGAGAAGCAAAAGUACAGGAUCCCGGCAGCUGCUGCCCCAUCUGCAGAAAGGAGGUGUUCGAAGAGCCCCUGUCUUCAUGCCUGCGCUACACGGAGCUGCGCAACGUCACCAAGGGGCCCUGCUUCCUGGCAGAGGUGGAGGUGAGCUACUGCAGCGGGCGCUGCCCCUCCCACACCAACGUCAUCCCCGAGGAGCCCUACCUGCAGACCCUGUGCGAUUGCUGCAGCUACCGCCUGGACCCUGUCAGCCCGGUGCGCAUCCUGAACCUGCAGUGCCCGAGGGGCGAGACAGAGCCGGUGGUGCUGCCCAUCAUCCUCAGCUGUGAGUGCAGCAGCUGCCAAGGUGGUGAUUUCUCCAAGCGCUGAUGGACCCCCCCUGCC